UAUAAACUGCAAAACCACGUACCUAAAAUUAUUUAGCUAAAAUUUAAAGAUUUCAAUUAUUUUUUUUUAAAUAGUUAUUUUUUUAAGUUGAAAUAUUAUUGUAAUGCAUUUAAAAACUAUACUAAUCUUUUGUUCAGUUAGUUUUUUUACCGGCACAAUGAGCGAUGGACUUAAUGCACCACAAAUACAAUGUUUUAAUGCACUGGUAAAAAAUUUAUCAUUUAAAAGUAUAGAAACAGUAAAUAAAGUUUUAAAGUAUUUUGGCAUCAACGAAAAGUAUAAUUUUAACUGUACAGAUGAUCCUUUCAUAAAAGUUACGGAUAUUCUAAAUUUUGUGGUACAAUAUAACAAGUUGGGCGAUGAUAAAAAUAUGGAAAAACUGAGCAAAGAAGAGGUAAAACAAAUCUCAACUGAUUUCCAAAAAAUUUGUGACAGAAAUGGUAUAGUAAUGGAUAGUAAUAAAUAUGAAGAAGUGAUUGUUAUAAUUUACCACUAUGUUGGAAGCGUAGAAAAAUUGAACGAAGAAGAAAUAAAACAAAUUUCAACUAAAGUCAGAAAACUUUCUGACAGUAAUGGUGUUAUAGAUUUUUCUCAAAACAGAAAACUGAUGAAUAUAAUGGACAACUUUUUUAAAAGCGUAAAAAUGCAGGAUGGUUGGAAGGAUCAAAUUUACUCUCAACUAUAUAUUGACUUAAGCCUUGUACUGCUCCAUAUAUUACAGUUCAGGGCACAAAUAAAUAAUACAGUUUUUGGUAAAGUUGAAAAUGUGGAUUGUUUCGUAAAAUUCAUUACAUUUAUUUCAAGGGAUUAUGACCCAGACACGAUAAAUGCACAAUAUUCAUGGAUUUGAUGAAUAAAAGAUGUGUUAAAGUAUUAUUUUGUUUAAAUGUUCAAAUACUCAUAUUUUUUUUAGCUAUCACUUAAAAUAUUCAAAAAUUAUAUAAAGUUGUUAUGCCUACGUUCACUCAUUUACUGUAUUUUAUUGGUAUUAAAAUUACUUUAAUAUAAUUAAUAUAUGUGCUA